AUGAGCAGGAAACUCAUCGACGCCAUAAAUGAUCUGGCCAGCAACGUGGUUGACUGGGAAAUGGGUCACCGACAGAGUCACCCCGUGCUAGUUGGAAAAGCAUGGUCAGUAGACCUGCUUAAUCGUGGCCGCAAUGUCCUCCGUCUUCAGCCUCUCGACGCCAAGCGAGCUUUUGAGCACGUCGGGCGUCAUCAGAAUGGCACGCGUACCCUUCCUAUUCUCAUCGCUGACGACGACUGA